AUGGAAACAAAUACGUUUUCUUUUCAUUCAAAUGCUAUUGUACCCGUAAACAAGAGUGAUGAGUUUUUGUGCCUUAUGUUUGGUACAUAUGAAUCUGUUAAUUCAUCAGAUCGUAUUUUACUAGUUCGAGAUCAAGAUACUAUAUGUAUUCAACCUGGCAAUACGUGUUUACACAUACAUAUUUGUGAAUCAUUUGCUCUUCGAGCAUUUGAAUUUUUUUAUCUAACUGGAAACAUUGAUAUCAAUGAGACUCUUAUCAUUAUAAGAACAUAUUGUCAAAAACGACAAAUUAGACCAGAUAUCGUAAAAACUGAAGAAACGAUAAAAUCAACAAUUUUAGAUAGACGAAUUAACAAUAUUGAAUCAAAUUUUUUUACGUGCAUCAUUAUAUUGUAUGAUUCAGACUAUCGUGAUUCACAAGAAGAAAAUAUUGAUCUCGAUGUUUUAUUAGGACCAGUUUAUUCUACGAGAGGCACUAAGAGAAAAAGCCAAGCAGUACCAUCUGAUAAUGAUCAUAGUGAUUCAGAUGAAUCGUCGGAUGACGACGAUUGUCUUUGA